AUGAGUCCAUUGUCUCCACGAUGUUCUUAUAUUCCAAAAGAAAAAUCUCCACAUUCAAUAUCUAGUCUUGAUGAAAAUGAAAUAGAUGAAGUUCGAAAGAAGUUAGAUCAUCUUCAAUCAUUACUAAUACAAGUUAAAAAUCAACUCAAUUCUUCACCCAAUGAUGAAGAUGAUGAUGAUAAUAUGAUUGAUGAAAGAAUCUUUCCAAAUACUUCAACUGAAGUGAAUCUUUUACAGACUACUGAAAAGAAUACCGAAGAAAAUGGAGAAAAGAUUGAUGAUUCAUGUCAAAAUUUGCCUAAUUAUGCUACAUUUUCAGUGAAACAAUCACAUGAAUAUGCAGUGAGAAAUUGGUUACUAUCAAAUUUUAAUUCAUAUUUAACUACUUAUAUCGAUAAAAUAAAUAAUACAACUUCUCGAAAUACUUCAGCUGAUAAAAGUUCUGACAGUAGAACUAUUAAAUCAGCAACAAAAUCACCUGGAAACAAAACAAUUGGUAUCACUGGUCAAAAAUCUGGUUCUACACGUGGUACUUCAGCAAAAAUUGAUUUUAAUCAAGCUCAUUGGAAAAUGAGAAUAAUAUGUAAUAAUUCUAAUGACAUUAAAAUCAUUAAUAUGGAUAAUAAAAUAUUAGAAAUUAAAGCUUUAAAAAGAGCUUGGGAAGAAAUGGAACCUGGUAGAGCAAUAAGAGCUGAAUUAUCAAGAGCACGUUAUCUUGAAGAAUAUGGUCUAAUGAAUAAAUUGGAUAAUAAAACUAUUGUAGAUGAUUCAGGAUCGACGAUCACAAUUAAAUCUGAUGAUAAUCUAAUACAAAUUAUAAAAGAUCAUUCUCCAUUAGAUCAAACUUUAUUAUUAGAUCCAUCUAAAAUUUAUAUUUUAAAAUUCCCACCAGAAUUAAAUCGUACACUUUAUCCAAUUCAAUUAAUGAAUUUAAACAAAUUCUAUCAUCAUUUCAAUGAGAUUGAAUGUAAACGUAUUGAACAAGUUCAAUCUAUUAUGAAUGCUUAUUCAAUGAAUUCAUGGUUUAUUCUAGAAUAUUCUUUAAAACAAAUUCAAUGUUUAUCUUAUAAAAAUUUAAAUGAAAUUUUAAAAUUUAAAUAUCAAUUAUUUAAUGAUUAUUUAAAAAAUUUAAAAUUUAAAUAUUUAAAUUUAAAAAAAAAACAAAAUCAAUAUAAACAAAAUUAUAUUGAUUUAUUGAAAACAAUUCAAUUCGCCACUGAUGAAGCACAUUAUAAAUACUACGAAAUGUGUAUGAAUUAUAGAAAUAAUAUAAUAAAACAAUAUAAAAUUGAUAAAGAAACAUCAUGCAAUCAAACAAUGAUUGAACAUGAUAAUACAGAACCAAUUCUAAAUCAAUUGAAAAUGUAA